AUGUCUCCAACCGUUAAUCUAGCUACUUUGGCUCAAAUGGCCAUUUGUGGUCCAUUUCAAAAGAAGCGUCCCCCAAAUAAAGCGAUGAACGCGAAGCCAUUCAUAAAAGGGAUUGUGCUAAAAACUUUUAUACGUAAACCCAAGAAACCAAAUAGUGCUAACAGAAAAUGUGUACGUGUCCGUUUAACUGAUGGUCGUGAAAUCACAGCUCAUAUUCCUGGUGAAGGUCAUAAUUUACAGGAACAUAAUAUUAUUUUAGUUCGUGGUGGUCGCACACAAGACCUUAUCGGAGUGAAACAUAAAGUUGUACGUGGAGUACAUGACUGCGCACCUGUUCGGAAACCAGGUUCAAAAUAA